UAUCAUUUGCCGAGGUUUUUGAGGUUAAAAUAAAAAUAAAAAUAAACAAAUAUGUAGAAGGUAUAGUACAAUAUCAAAUGUUUCUAGUAAUAUGCAUAGCUGUAUUUUGAAAUAGACCCAAUAAAUAGUACUAACAUGUUGAAAAUUCGUGCGCUGAACCGAGAGGCUUCCUCAGAUGAGGAUAUUCCAGCAAUUAGAAGAGAAGCUCAGGAAGAAAUAGCUCUCGAACUCUACAACAAAGCUCUACGGAUUCAAAGGGAAAACAAUUUUUCUGAAUCAGAAUCCAUUCUGGUCAAACUCAUUGAGGAAAAUAUACCCCUUCUUGAAAAUAAUGGAGGAUUACCCAAAUCGAUGUCGAAUUUUAAAUAUUCUUGUUACGUUAACCUAGGAAAUAUCUGUUUGAAACUGGAUAAAGCGAGUGAGGCUUUAGAGAGAUUUUUGACAGCUUCCGAGUUGGAUUCCACCGAUGUUACCUUAUGGUAUAAAAUUGGAAAUUUAUCUCUGAAAGUAAAUGAAUUUCGGCAAUCGGCUUAUGCUUUCUCAAAGGGCCUAGAAUGUAGCGAAUCCCAUUGGCCAUGCAUGGACAAACUGAUUUCUAUACUGUUCGCCAUCAAAGACACUAUUGCGUGUCUAGUGUACAUCGGAAAAGCAUUGAUGCUUGACCCAGAUUACACGAAGGGUUUGGUGUUGAGGAGACAGAUUUAUCGUGAUAAUCCUGCAGCAAAAGAAUAUUACCAAUUGUACAAUCCAGAUUACACAUGGGAACCACCACUUGAUGUUACCAUUGAUGAGGAGGAUGAAAAAGCCCAUUUACAAGAAGUUCAAGUUCUGUGCGACCGUGUCACAGAAAUUGAAAAAUCUCUGGGUCCUAAACCUCUACAAACCAUUCCCCUUUCCAAACCAUUGACUGACUAUACCUGGCUGUCUUUAGCAAAUACAGUUAUAGACCUUCAUCAGUACAUAACGGACAACGACAUGAGUCACUUCACUUUCAUUGAUAUGAAUCGCUGCAUGAGUCAGACGGUUGAAGAACAUUCUUGUUUCAAAAUACCUCAGCAUGAUGCAGAACUUGAACCUGCAACUGUAGAUGAGAAGUUGUCUGAAGAAAUACCUUCAGAGAGUGCUGAAGUUGUGAAUGGAGAGGAAAAGAUGGACACUGCAGAACCCCAGCUUGGAAGGAGAUUUUCUCAAACUAGUGAGACCAACAUUGAGGGCCAAGAAAAUACUCCUGUUCAGACUGAUAAUGAUGAGGAACAGAAUAUGGACCAAGACAACGAAGACCCAGAUGAUAAUAAUGAGUCGAAAGAAAAAGGCAAGCAAAGAGGUUCGAAACGCAAACGCGAUCCUCUCUCCGAUCUGCAAACCUGGAGUUGGUACACCAAACGAAAACUCUCCAAGAAGGCGAAAGACAAGGAUUUCACAGUGGAAGGCGCGCUCGAGAGGAUCAUCCCCAAGAACUUGCUCCCCUACCGAAUAGAUCCGGAAAAAUUCAACAACGCGGAAGACUCCAUGGACACGAUGGAUCUAUAUAACAUGUACAUGGAGAACCACGACGUCAACUACCUUUCACCGAUACAUUCACCUAAAUCUGUUAAUUACGAAGCCUACUUUGGCACGGAUAGAGAAAGAGAUGACGUGCAGGAGUUCUGGACGAAGAAACGCGAGUAUUGCGAUGCCAUCGUCCUCAUAAAGGACCUCGUGUUCAGAUUGUCCAAACUCUGGAAUUACAAAUGGCCCAAAGAGCUCAUUCCUCUUUACAUAAAAGCCUUCGGUAUGUUUCGCGAGCACUGCGAUCAACCCCAAGUCUUCUGUUCGGAUCUGCCGUUCGAGGAUUUGCGAAACGACGCCUUGGCGACCAUUUUGUUCGGAGAACUGUCCAAUUUCAGCUCGGACGACAAUGGGGGCAUUCCCCCCACGGCGGUCGGUUACUUGCAGUUGAUCAGCGGUUGGGAGGAAGACUGGAAAGAAGAGUAUCCGAUGUUCUUCAAUCGCGUAUUCUGGCUGCGAUCGCAUUUGUUUCGGAAGGAAAAUAGCGUCGAUUUGGCGAUCAGGUCUCUUGAGGUUAUACAAGAGAUGGUGGCUGAGGAGGAGGCGAAAUACGGCGAAAGGUACAUGCUGAGCCUUCCGAAUUGCCUGAAGUACGGCCUGAUAACCAACGAGAUCACCCAGAAAAUCCUCAAACACCUCGACACGAUCAAAUCCCUGGCCACCGUUGAAGGCCUCUUCAGCGCUGAAAAGUACACCCAAGUCGCCGACAUACUCAAGGUCACCUUCAACGACUCUGGCGUCCAUCCGCAGGUGGGAAGGAUGGGGCGUCCAGCUCAACUGGGGUUGUUGAUGCACUCCCUGUGGUUCACCGACAUGUCGCAGUGCUUCGUGUGGACGGAGGAGUGCCUGAACGAGGCUUUUGACCAGUACGUAAAGGUCAGCAAGGACCACGACAAGUGGGAGAAGAUCAUCGAGAAGUGUCUGGCUAUCCUUCACGAAAUCAUCAAACAAGAAACCGUCGGCGUUAUAGAUUUGUUGGAGGAGAAGAAACGUGGCAGGCUGGUGGAAACUUUGGCGAAGAUUGUUUCGAAACAGUUGAAUACCGAAGGCGUGGCUAAGAUCCCGCUGGAUUGUGUCACUCCGUGGAUUUUGCUGCAUUACAUACUGCAGAGGGAGGAGCAUAGGCAGUAUGCCAGUAGAAGAAUGACCCUGGUCAAACGUGAUAAAGCUGAGGCUCUCUGUGAAAAUCUACAGGUAGCGGAUAAAGAUCUACCACCGUCGAUAGAUAUAUUGUUUUCAGCUCAUGAAUUCUUAGGAUCGAAAGGAUGGUGUCUCACCAAUCAAGGAGAACUACUCCACUUCAUUCUAGAUACCGUUCUCGAUAGAAUCGAUACUCCUAUAUUCGAACGUCUCCGAAACAAAAUCGAUAUUCACAUAGAGCAGGCAAUGUUCUGUUUGUAUCAACACCCAAGCAAAAAGAAUAAAAUUUCCAGGCAUUUAGCAGACCACAACGUGGAUCCUCUUCCGCUUUCCUGGGAACGAUCUUUCCAACUAUUCGAGUUCUAUGGGCCCGACUGCUUGCCAGAGUUCAAUUCCUACAAAAGCGCGUCAAUUUCUGCGGAUUUGGAACAACUAUUCAAGCGAAUCAUCGCCCUAGUUCCGCCCCAUUGCGCUCCGGCACAGCACUUGCCCAAAAUAAUGGAUUUCGUCCACGGAAAAACCGACAAAUUUCCCGAAGCUAUAGAUUUUCCGAAUAAAGUUCGCUCUAUCUAUUACCUCAUCGGCGACUUCUACUUCAAGCAAAGGGAGUUCAUCAAGUGCAUCAAAUACUUUCAACUAGAUCUGUGCAUCAACCCUUUGCGUCUCGAUUCUUGGGGAUGUCUCGGGCUGAGCUAUGCUUCGCAGCUGGAUACAAAAUUGAAUCAUUGCGAGAAGUUCAAGAGCGAGACAGAAUUCUUGGACAAGGCGAAGUAUGCAUCGAUUUGCUUCCAGAAGGCUUUGGAAAUCAGCCCGGAUCAAAUUAUGCUGUGGAUCGAAUGCGGAACAUUCCAGUACACGGUUCAUUCUUAUUGUUCCAGGGUGCUGAAGUUCGAAUCGGAGAAUUUGAGCAUGGAGAAGUUUGAAUUUCUCGAGAGCCAGAAAAACAGCUAUCUAGACAGCUCUGGUAAUAGUUUCGAAAAAGCUAUUUCCUUGUACGAAAUGAAGGAAUCCAAUGAAGCCGAUGAGAGAUGGCUGCAGUAUUACAUACUCGGUAAAAUCGCCGAGAAAAAACAAAAAGAACCAGCGGAAUACUUACAGUUAUACAUGACAGCCAGUACCCUUCUGGACGAAAACAAGGCGGAGUACCCCGACAAAAUCUACUACAACAACCCCCAGCACUUGGCUGUCGAAGCAUUGGAACUCCAUUACCGAAUCAACGCGUCGGUUCUCAAAUAUCUCGAACUGCAUGAAGGAAAAGAUAUACCGAACACUCUGGGAACCUUCUUCAAGAAAUGUUUGAACUCUUCGAAAUUCUCCAGGAAGCCAAAACCUUCCGCCCAAAAACCAGAAACAGAAUCACCUAUUAAAACAGUGGAGAAAGUCACCCCGGAACCCCCCGUUAAGACUACCGAAAGUAGCGCAAGCUUGAGCUUUCAAGAACAGUUCCUCAACUCUCUCAGUAAGCUAGAAGAGAGUGAUAAAGCAUCUCCUGCUGAUAAGAGCGAGAAAAAAGAGGAUGCCGAGAAAAAUAAAAACGAAGAGAAAGUUUUACCAAGUGAAACAUCUGAGAAGGGGGAUAUUGUUCCACCCCGUGAGGUUGAGUUGGACAGUAAAGUUUCUUCUGGCAAUCCAGGAAGCACUCCUUCACCGAACCUUUGCCUCAAACCUGAAGCCGAGCCAGUUUUGAAAGUAGAUCCACCUUCUAACCCUUCGGAGAAGAAAGUUGAAGUAGUAGAAGAAUCCAAAAAAGAUGAGGACAAGACCGAAACUUUAGAGAUCCCAGACGAGGAUGUUAUAAUGAUAUCAGACUCUGAAGAAGAGGAGAAAAAAAAUGAGGAGGAAAGUGAAAAGACUGAAGAAGAGGGUAGUGAGAAAGCAAAGGGACAGUCGAAUGAAAUGGCCAUGGAAGUAGAAAACGAAAAGGCCGUGGAAGAAAUCCUGGAAAAACCGGAAGAGAUUAGAGAAAAAAACAUGGGAGAGAAGAACGAGAGUGUUGCUGCUGAUGUAUCAGAUAAUCAUGAUGAAACCCUUAUCGUAGACGAGAUCAAAGACAUGCAACAAAUGUUUGAUGAAAUGAUGGAAAAGACUAUGAAGGAAACUGAAGAAGAAAGAAACGGGAUGGAUUCCGAUAUGAGUGGAGCGGAUAGAGUUGAAGAAGUCGUCGUAUCAAAAGAUGAGAAGGAAGCUGAGGAAACUAAAGUUGUGAGUAAGAUGGAGGUGGAUGCGAAAGAAGAAAACGUCGGAAAGCCGAAGAAGAUAAAGCCGAGCGAUAGUGAGACUGAUGGAGACAAUGCAAGGACCUCGGUAGAUGAUUCUAGCAGCGGUUCCAGCUCUUCUUCUAGUUCCAGCGACAGUUCUGAUUCAGACAGUGAUGACGAUGACGAUGAUGAGGAAGAGAGUAGUUCAAGUUCAUCGACGUCUUCUUCAGAGCGUUCCAACGAAUUCAUGUCGGACUGUGACAUAACUCACUUGAUUGACAGAUGUGUAAGUG